UUAUCCGAUUCGAGGCGUCGUCCCAGAGGGCAGGGGAAGCUGUGGCUGACUCUCUCCACUCUCCACCUGCCAACCUCUCUAGAGAGCUCCACAUUUGCCCGUCAUCCCACAUGCCGUUGCCGCCAGCCUGCCAGCCAAUUCACCCAGACACCCACUCCCCUCUAUCCGCAACGAAAUCCACCUACCCAACCGCUCUACGCCACAGAGCCGCAUUCUAUUCGAUUGCCUUUGAUUCAUUGCUCCGCGAGUGCCAAUAUGCAUGAUGAACACCCCCACCCCCUCCUCGCACAAGUCCCACUAACAGUCUCCCCCUUCCUCUCCCUCCCGACCGCAACCCCACUACCCUACACAUACAAGCAACUUCCCUCGACGCUUCCGCCCUCAGUCCUCUCCACAACAUCGACUACUACCGCCUCUUCGACCGAUCAACAGCAACAGCAGCAACAGAACGAACAACCAGCCUACAUCCAUAGCAGCACAACAAACACCUCCGCGCACCCCGACCAAAUUCUCACUUCAUGUCUGGCGUUGCAAUCACAUUUGCAAGCUCUUGAAGCCAACGCGAAAGCUACACUGCAAGGCUUUGAGGACCGGCGAAAAGCUGCCGAGUUGGCGGAGAAGAGGCGUGUGGCGCCGGGGUGGUUGGAUGGGGACGUCAAGUUGUUGCGACCGGAAAAUGUUGGGGAUGCGACCACGAUGGGAGGGGAUGGGGACGGGAAUGGCGCCGACACGGAAAUGGGCGGUGUGAUGGACGAGCACGGGCAGAGGAGGAGAAGGGCCAGUGUUGGCAUCAAGGGAUUGGUGGAGAAGAGGGAUGGGGUGCCGGAUGAAAGGGAAGGGGAGGCGCUCGAUCGUGCGUUUGGGGGUAUGAACAUCAAGUAG